AUGGCGGCGCCAAGACCCAUCAGCUCUUACAGCUGCCUUACCUUUGACUGUUUCGGUACGCUGGUCGAUUGGGAGUCAGCCGUGUUUAACGCCCUAUCGGAGGUGAGAGGCCAGCUUGACCCCUCCCAUCCGCUCCGGAAUGACCAAGGCGGCACUGUCAAGCUCUUCGCUAAGCACGAGGGACGCCGUGUGCGGGAGCAACCGGAAGAAAUCUACCAGCGGAUCCUGGAGGACGUUUACGGCGACAUUGCCGACGAACUGGGCGUCAAGGCGCCCGAAGAGUCCAAAAAGCGUUUCGGCGCCAGCAUCGGAGAGUGGCCCGCUUUCCCCGACACCGUUGAUGCUCUCAAGCGUCUCAAGAAGCACUUCAAACUCGUCAUUCUCUCCAAUGUCGACAGACGCUCUUUUGACGGAACUUUAUCGGGCCCUUUGAAAGAGGUCGACUUCGAUGCCAUAUACACGGCACAAGAUAUUGGCUCGUAUAAGCCUGACCCGCGCAACUUUGACUAUCUGGUCGAGCACUUGGGCAAAGAUCAUGGGGUGAGCAAGGACGGCAUCAUUCAUACAGCCUAUAGCUUUCCCCAUGAUCUCGUACCGGCCAAGAAGAUCGGUAUCGUAGGGGCGUGGAUAGAACGUGGCCAGGAGGUCCCGACAGUCAUGGGAGGCAAACUGGAGGAUGUCCCGGAAGAUCUGAGGCCGACAUGGCAGUUCAAGACGCUUGGUGAAAUGGCGGAUGCGGUAGAUGCCGAUGCUGCAAAGAACGCGUAG